UUUACGACUGUUUUGGAGGCUCUUUCAAAAUGGAGUAGCCUACAGAGGAGCGUCUCAAGCCAAGCACACUUAAGCCAGUUUUUCGUUGACCCAUUGGCUGUGAAACUUUAAAAGACUGCUCCUCGUUUAAAACUAGUAACACGUACAAAAUGACAGAUGACAAUAAAUCGGGCUGCUUGGGGUUCUUCUCGAGUUACGACGAUUUGAGCGACAGCACCAGCGACUCGGGCGAGGAGGGAGAUAGUCGAAAGAAGAAAGCGGGGACAGAAGCUGAGGGGAGCGGGACGCAGUCCACCGCCAAGCGGACUGAUGUUGGAGCUGCUUUACCAAGGCCCGACGAGCUGUUCAGCUCCGUGUCCAAGCCCACUUUCCUUUACAACCCACUGAACAAGGAGAUAGACUGGGACAGCCUGACUGUCAAACCCCCUGAAGAGCCUGCAAGAGAAUUUAAGCCAUGGAAGACAAAUGCAGUUCCGCCUCCAGAGACCUAUGCUCCAGAGCCAGAGAGGAAGAAAGGGCCUCCACCAGGAAUGGACAUGGCCAUAAAAUGGUCCAGUGUGUAUGAGGACAACGGUGACGAUGCGCCCAAAGCUUAUUCUGGCAAAGCCCGGUUCUUACCUGAAGAGGAACAGCCCUCUGACUCAGACGAGGAAUCUCAACAGGCCUCGAUGUCUGCCAAGAAACGACGAGUGGAGACAUUUCAGCAGAAGGAGAAGAGGAAGAGGGAUUUGGGACAAGCCACUUCUGACAAGAACUUUGUAGAAGAGGAGAAAAGAAUUCUCAGGCAAAAGGUGGAGUGAAGCACAAAGCGGUUUGUGAUUUAAAUGUGUCACCACGGAACAUUCACAGAUGUCAUCAUUUUGGACAAGAAAGUAGAGUCCUGCAAAAAUACUGGCUUGUUAGUGUUUAUCUGGUGUGAUGUCUGAUGUCUCGUUUUUUAAGAGCUGUUUUGGUUUUGUUUUCAGAUGUUUUAAUUAGGUUUUCUGUCACUGAGGAGUAUCUAUGAGAAGUUGAAAUAUCUAGAAUAAAACCUGAUUUGAGACUUUGUGUUUUAAAAUGUAAUAAUUUACAAUUUGCUCCUGAUUCUCAAAAUAACUACACAAUAUCAAAUUCUCUGGAUAUAGAGAAGGGAUUGAAGACUUUUACACAUGCAAUUUGAGUUCAUUUGACUUGACAGUGAAGCAGAUGAAUACCUUGUUGCUCUAAGCAGCAAGAAUAAAACCAAAAAAAGCUCAAAUAUUUGAAUUUAAAGGCAUAUUUAAGCUGCUGACAAACUGCCAGUGUUUUAUGUAACAUAACUGUGGUGUUUGAUUAUUUGGCUUUAUUUGUACUUAGUCAUUUCUAUCAUGAGUGUUUUUUCAGUACUGUUUUGUGACUCUUCUUCAAAUACAUGUUUAAAUGGGAAUAAAUUUAAUAAUAUCAGUUUUUAAA